AUGUCGCUGCAGCCGCAUUUCCAGGGUCUAUUGACUUUCAUGGAUGUGGCUAUAGAGUUCUCUAGGGAGGAGUGGGAAUGUCUGGAUUCUGCUCAGCGGACUUUGUACAGAGAUGUCAUGUUGGAGAAUUAUAACAACCUGGUUUCUGCAGAUUGA